CGUUGACGAACCACGGCACUGUCGCAUACGAGCCGGGCCGCGAAAACUGGGGCCGGCCAGGGUGCACAGCUGGGGGCACCCCUUCAAUGGGCUGGUGAUUUGGCGGUGGCGCGUUGGCGUGCGAAAAGCCAGGCCCGAGCCGCACAAGCCGGCUGGUGUACGAAGGGCGAUGGCAGGACACUUGGACGCCCACGCGCUCCCCAGGCGAAACGACGAGGGGGUCUGCAUACCCGAUGAUGUGUCGAGCGGCCGUCGCAGCUGAAGACAUGAUGAGAUGAUGAGCAGGACGGGCGACGAAGGAUCCUGAAGCGGCGUAGCUCUUGUCCCACCCAAAAGGCCGCUGACCCCCGCUCUCUCCUGUUCGACCCUCCGUUCUGCCCAGCUCUUCGAGAUGGCCUCCUUGAGAUUGAAUAGUCCCUUGGUGCAGAACUUCCUGGCAUCCGUCAUCGUGUGCUUGCUUCCCGGCAUCUAUGUUGCCCUCACCGUGUUGGGCGCCGGCGGCGGGCCCGCCAACGCAACGCGCAUGGCGAACAUCUCGAACACGACGCUUUAUGCCGUCUAUUUCGUCGUCGGCCUGUUCAGCGGCUCAGUAGUCACCACCAUCGGCCCGAGGAACACGUUUCUCUUUGGCUCCAUUGGCUAUCCCAUCUUCGUGGGUGCCAUGUGGUACUUCAGCAAAACUGGUCACAUAUGGUAUCCAGUCUUCGGCGGCGUUGUGCUGGGCGUGACAGCUGCUCAUCUGUGGACUGCCGCCGGCUUUAUCGCCUUCUCAUAUGCGACUGAGCAGAAGAAGGGUACCUUCAUUUCGAUGCAAUGGGGUCUGCUCAGCGCCGGGGGCACCAUCGCAUCUCUGGUCGCAUUUGGCAUCAACUACAACGCAGCCGUAGUCAAAUGCCCCGACUCCGUAUACAUCGUUUUCAUCAUUCUUAUGUGCUCGGCAUUCUUUGUUGCCCUUUUCGGCAUCGUCAAGCCGGCGGAUGUGCGGCGAGACGACGGAACGGCAAUUGCACACUACCCACACAAGGGCUUUUGGCUGGAGAUCAAGGCCCAGCGCCAAAUAUUCAUGGAUUGGCGAAUGCUCGUGCUCAUUCUGCCAAUGUUUGGCUCCGAAAACGCCAUCAUCAUCUUCUCGACUUUGAACUCCCUGUAUUUCGAUGUUCGAACACGCAGUCUAAACUCGGUCAUGUUUGUCGCUAUGCAAGCUGUCGGCGCACUCGGCAUCAUGCCGCUGCUGGAUAGUCCAAAGAUUGGAUCUAGAAGAACUCGCGGCCUGGUUUCCACCACGACGAUGGGGCUCGUUACCAUUGCGACUUGGAUCGGUCUACUCGUUUGGCUCGACAGAAAUCCCUUGGAUCCUCUGAGCCCCCCUCUUUGGGGCUGGGACGACGGCCCGUUUGGAGGAUUCUUCGCACUGACCCUUCUGCUUGGUAUCAACAUGGUUUAUCAAGUGGUUGUGCAGUGGAUUAUUGCGGCCUUAACAAAUGACCCGGAGACCCUUGCUCGUUAUGCUGGGUUUGCUAAAGGGUGUCUGGCUGGCGGCCUCUGCGUAACCUUCGCCACCGAAGCCGCAGGCACACUGACCCAGACGGACGUUACGGCCUUCUGUUUCAGUCUGCAGGGUGCGGGUUUGGUGUGCAUGCUUGCCGUUUGCUGGUUUGGAGUUAAACACACGAACUAUGGCCUGGAGGAUGCUGUGAUUGUGCCCGAAACAGUCGAACUGGACAAGAAGAACGAUUCAGGGCGAUGUGUAACACCUCAGUAGCCCACAAGGCGAACUGUCUUUGUAUCUACGGCCUACUUCUUCAGCGGCAGCAGUUCACAUAGCCUAUCUUGAGGAUGAGCUAGGCA